AUGCACCCUUAAAAUAACUUUAUGUACAAUUAAUAGGGUUACAUGUAUCCUUAACAAUAUAUGUAUCCUCAUCCACCUCCAAAUUACGUAUUCCCUUAAUCUAUGCAACCUCCUUAAUUUUAUUAUAUGAAUCCCUAAAAUCCAGCCAUGUAUUAAUAUAACAUUGGAUAAUAACAAUAGCAAUAAUAAUAAUAGCAAUCUCAAAGAAUCAAAUGCAAUCAACCGAAAACAAAAGAGUAGGAACUCAAAUAAUAAAAACAAUAAGCAGUUAAAUAGCAACCUAAUUAAAUUAUGCAAUAGUAGAUAGAAAUGCAGAAAACAAACUUAAAGACCUUAACUGAACAAUAAAUUAAAGAUCAAGUGGGAUCUAUUACAAAAUAAGGGUUUUGUCAUUAUUGCAAUAAGAAUGGGAAGAUGUGUUAUUAUUGUUUCAGUAAUUAUCGAUCGACAGAUUGUAGACAUGGAUUUUGUUUUGAUUGUUUGAUGUUCAAAUUUAAGAUAAACCCAAUUAAGAUAUUACUCAGACCUGAUUGGAGUUGUCCUAUCAAAUGCAAAUAAUGUAUUUGUAGUCGAUGCACAAAUAUAAAUCAUAUGGAUUCAGAUUAAUUCAUUUCAAAUGACUCUGUGGAAAGUUGCAAUAAGUAUGCUCAUAUCAUAGAGAACACUAAGAAAAUCAAGAAGUAAUAUUAAAAGAAGAAGAACAUUAUAAGAGAGAUAUCCAAAAAAGAAGAAAUAACAAUAGGUAAAUCAUUGGAAUAAAGGUAGUCAAUGAAGAAGACUCUACUACUGAAUAAGAUAAAGAAGCAAAUGUAAUUUUCAUAGGAAUGCAUUUUGAAAUUGAAAUAGAAACAUAAUUAAAAUGAUGAAUAAAUAUUGCAUUAGGUUGUGAGAUUUAAUUUUGGUUCUUUGAUCGAUUUGUUUAAGGAAUAUAAAUCAGCUUGA